AUGAUCUAUUAUAAUAAUACAAAUAUCGAUAAAAUACAUUCAACAUCAUCAGUAACUACGUUGGAUGUCGAAUUGCGUGGCUGUGAAUCAGAUACAUUAAUGUUAGUUAUGAAAAUUCAACCGAUAUUUUUAUUAAUAUUUGGUUUUCUAGCAAAUCUAUGUUCAUUCGCCGUUCUUAUUCAACCACGUUUACGUUGUCGACCGACAUUUUCUUAUCUUGCUUUUUUAAGCUUAUCGAAUGCAUUUUUAUCUUUGAUUCAUGCUUUUUUUACUAUUAUUGGUGUUUAUUUUGGAGUGACAUUAGAAAAUCUUUCAUUAUUUAUAUUUUGUCGAUUAUUAAAUCGAUUUUUAAUUGAUUUUCUAACACAUUUUUCAUUACUUACAUUAACAGCUGUUGAUCUUGAUCGUUGUCGAACUGCUACAUCGAAAACUGUUGUAUAUAGAAAUGCUAAUCGUGGCAGUAGUCACAGAGAAAAUGGCUGUUCAAAAGGAUUUAUUCGUGUUUGUUUAAUUGAAUUAUGUUUUGCAUUAGCUUUAUUUUUUGUUGAUCUACAUUGGUUAACAUCCUAUGGCUAUACAAAACCAAAUUUGAAUUUAAAUGAACCGAACAAAAUCACCAUGUGUACAAUCGUAAACAAAAAUGGUUCUAUAUCAUUUUAUGGAAAAUAUUUAACAUCGAUUCUACCUGUGAUCGAAUUGAUUUUAUUUGGAAUUUUACCUUUCUCAAUAAGUUUCAUUACAACAAUAAUUAUACUGCGACAUCUAUCUAUAAAAUAUACUUCGAUGAAUUCUCAUAAUAGAUAUUCAGUACAAUGUCGUCGAUGUCUUGAAUUACAUUUAUCGAUAUCACUUAUUUCAGUGAAUUUUGUAUAUAUAUUAUUUACUACACCGCAUAAUAUAUUUAGUGUAUAUCUAGGAAAUUUACAUAAUCAAUUAUAUCAUAAAAAUGAAAGUGAAGAUGUAUUAUGUUCGCUAGCAAUUACGCAAAAGAGUUUAGAUCUAUUACAACAAUGUUAUUUUAUGUCAACAUUUUUUCUUUAUAUAUUAACAAACAAACGUUUCCGAGAAGAACUCUAUCGGUUAAUACAAUGCUGUGUAUUUAUUCUAUUUCCAAAGAAGAAUACAAAUAAUUUAGAAUUAACAUUAUCAACGUCUCCAAAUCGCAUUAUUAUUAGCACGGAUAAUAAUCAGCGAAAUAUCAGUGGAAAUUAUUUAACAGCACGUUGCCAAGAUGUUUCAAGAAACUGGGGUUCUAUUAGUAGUGUUUAUGAAAAAAAUGAACUAGUAUCAAUAUUAAAUAAGGAUUAA